UGGAGGGGGGGGUGAGAACGCCAUGAGAGGGAGGAGAGGUAGGCCGCCCAAGACGCUCGAUGCUUCGCCGGCCGCAGGUGGCGGCGGCCCGGCGGGUAGCCUGAGGUACCGGGCCGCCGGGGCGGGCAGGGGCAGAGGAGCGGACAGGCGGGGCAAUCACUCGGCGACCGAAGCUGGCGGUAGAGGGAGUCGGACCCCGAGAGGGGGCAGGACGGCCACCCGGGGCAGGGCCCGGGCGGCGGUGCAUCAGCAGCACCACCAGCAGCAGCGGCAGGGCGGCAGGUCCCGCAGGCUGACCGUCAACAAAGUGAUCUACGACGACCACGAGAGCGAGGAGGAGGACGAGAGCCUGGUGUCGGAGGAAGACGAGGAUGAUGACGAGGACGAGCGAGGGAAGGAGGACGAGGACGAGCAGGAUUCGGAUUAUCACCAGGCCAGCGAUGAGGAAGAAGAGGAGGAAGACGACGAUGAUGCGAGUUAUUGCACAGAGAGCAGCUUCAGGAGUCACAGCACUUACAGCAGUACUCCAGGAAGGAGAAGGCAGACAAGGGUCCACCGGCCACGGUCGCCACUAUUUGAAGAGACUGAUAUUAUUCCUCUUGAUAUUCCAAAAUGUUCUGAGGACUUAUUAGUGCCCACUGAACAGCUGAUGAGCAUUAUUGCUAUUUAUGAGGUAUUGAAUAAUUUUGGAACAGUCCUGCGACUUUCACCUUUCCGAUUUGAAGACUUUUGUGCUGCCGUGGUUGGUCAAGAGCAAUGCACGUUAAUUGCAGAAAUGCACAUUGCUUUAUUGAAAGCUAUUUUACGAGAAGAGGAUUCCUCUAAUACCACCUUUGGUCCUGCUGACUUAAAAGAUAGCAUCAAUUCGACAUUGUACCUUAUUGAUGGAAUGACGUGGCCAGAACUGGUACGGGCUUAUUGUGAGAGUGACCCAGAAUACCAUCAUGUACUGCCUUAUCAGGAAAAGGAUGACUACCCAUAUGGACCAAUAGAAAAUAAAAUCAAAGUUCUUCAAUUUUUAGUGGAUCAGUUCCUGACAACGAACAUUGCCCGUGAGGAGUUAAUGUCUGAAGGCGUAAUUCAGUAUGAUGACCACUGUCGUGUAUGUCACAAGCUGGGUGAUCUUCUCUGCUGUGAAACCUGCUCAGCAGUAUACCAUUUGGAAUGUGUGAAACCACCACUUGAAGAGGUGCCAGAGGAUGAAUGGCAGUGUGAGAUAUGUGUGGCACAUAAAGUGGUUGGUGUUUUUGAUUGUGUGCCUGAAAUACAGAAAAAUAAACCAUAUGUUCGCCACGAGCCUAUAGGAUACGACAGGCACAGAAGGAAAUAUUGGUUCCUGACAAGAAGGAUUAUUAUUGAGGAAGACAAAGAAGACGGAAAGGAUAAAAAAGUGUGGUAUUACAGCUCAAAGGUACAGCUGGCUGAACUUAUUGACUCUCUGGACAAAGAGUACUGGGAGUAUGACCUCUGCAAAAUACUGGAAGAAAUGCGUGAUGAAAUUCAUCGGCACAUGGAUAUUACAGAAGACCUGACGAAUAAAGUUCGUGGCAAUAAUAAAUCUUGUCUAACCGCAGCUAAUGAGGAAAUUUUGGAGCGGCAGAAAGCAAAAGAAGAAGCAGAGUUGGAGGAAGUUAAGCGAAAAGCAGCAGAUCAAGCAGAGAAAGACAGGCAAGAGAGUGGGGAUAAUACCCAGAUGGAUAUUGAGAAAAGCAAAGAAGCAUCAGAAGAGCAAACUGAAGAGAAGGACAAGGCUAGGAAUGAGACUGAAGAAAAUGUUCAGGAAAAAGGCACAGAAGACCCCACAUCUAGUGGAGAUAACCAUAGUUCGGGAAGUUCUGAGACAUUGAAGAAUGAUGGCAACAGCCAAAAUCCUUCUACAGAGGAAAAUAAGACUUCCCCGUCGAAGGAUACUGCAGAGAAUGAGCUGGCAAACUCUGAAGCUGAGAAACUACCAGAGGAGAAGAAAUUGGCAGUCGAAUCAGUACAGCUUACCAUGGAUAGAACAGAAGACAGUGGUGAAAAUUCUACUGACUCUACCGCCACAGCCAUGAAAAUGCUUCCACCUUCAUUGUCUGCUGAUGAUAGUAACAGCAAUGUGGAUAUGUCCAUUGAGACAUCCACUCAAGAGGCCAGUUACAAGAUAUCUGAGGAUUUGGAGAAUAUGGAGGUGUCCUCCCAGUCUCCAGCCAAUGGUCAGGAAGACCCAGAAUCAGUAGAACUCGGAAGUGAUAAAACAAAUGGCGAAAAUGGUGAUUCUUCUGAAACUGGUAAAGGCUCAUCUAUCCUAACCAGGAUGGUCACAAGGUUACGGAAUCCUGACAGCAAGUUGAAUCAGCUGAAGAGUGCACAGGCUGCUGCUGCAGCACAUGAGGCAAAUAAAUCAUUUAAGGAAGGCAAAGAGGUCCUGGUGGUAAAUACUCAAGGGGAAGUCUCUCGCUUGAACACAAGGAAAGAUUUGGUGAUGAAAGGAAUUGUGAAUAAUUUGUUUAAGUUAGGUCAAGAAGGAAAAUAUCGUGUCUACCAAAAUCAAUAUAGCACUAGCACCUUGGCACUCAACAAGCAUCAGCAUCGAGAGGACCAUGAUAAGCGGCGGCAUCUUUCUCAUAAAUUCUGCAUGACCCCUGCGGGCGAGUUCAAAUGGAAUGGUGCUGUGCAUGGAUCAAAAGUACUUACAAUAUCUACUUUAAGGUUGACCAUUAUCCAACUGGAGAAUAAUAUCCCAUCGUCAUUUCUGCAUCCGAACUGGGCUUCACAUAGAUCUAAUUGGAUAAAAGCAGUCCAGAUGUGCAAUAAACCAAGAGAAUUUGCACUAGCUCUUGCUAUCCUUGAAUGUGCAAUCAAACCUGUCGUCAUGCUUCCUGUCUGGCGAGACUCUUUAGGACAUACCAGAUUACAUCGGUUAACAUCUGUUGAAAGAGAAGAAAAAGAAAAAAUCAAAAAACGUGAGCGGAAACAGGAGGAAGAGGAAGUUAUGCAACAAGCUACCUGGGUGAAAUAUACCUUCCCUAUCAAACAUCAGGUAUGGAAACAAAAGGGAGAAGAAUAUCGCGUGACAGGAUAUGGCGGCUGGAUGUGGAUUAGUAAAACUCAUGUCCAUCGUUUUGUGCCUCGGCUACCUGGAAAUACUAAUAUUCAUUAUAGAAAGGCACAGGAAGGUCUGCUGAAAGAUGGCUCGGGCCUGAAUGAAAAUGAGAGUUCCUCUGGGGUGAAAACUGAAUCUGAAACUUCUGAGAAACACUGUUCCUCUCAAGAUUCUAAGGAUCUCCCAGAAAAUGACAUAGUCACAGACAAAUCUUUUGAGAUAAAAUCAGAAGAGGAAGAAAAAGUAGAAGAAAAGGAGGAAGUAAUGCAAAUCGAUGCGAGUCCUGAGUCACAACAAACUGAAAAGAAAGAAAACAUUGGUGCUGUCAGUAUCGGUGGGGAUAAGUUAAUCAAGGAGGAACCAGUGACUAUGGAUGGGACCAAGAAUGAAUCCAGUUCAAAAGAACAGGAAAAGUUUAUCUCGACUGAUCUCGUCAAUGUAAGCGAAGGAUUUCAACUGAGGACUUGGUAUAAAAGGAGGGUGAAAACAUCUAAAUUAGAUGGGCUGUUGGAUCGGCGGGUAAAACAGUUUACAAUGGAAGAGAAGCAGCGACAAGAAAAACUGAAACAAGAAGCCUUAAUGAAAUUACCCAAAAAUGAACAGAAAAAUAUAGCUGAACCACAGAAAUCUGAUAAACCUGAAAACUGUCAUCAGAGAGAGCCUGAAUCACUGGAGAAGGAGAGUGGACACGUAGGUCAGAACUCUCCAAAGGCCACAGCUGAAAGCUCAGUGGCAUCAACACAAGAAAGCACAGUUGGGAAAAAUGAAGUCUUGACCCAAGAAAAACUGUCAGCCUUUCCAUUGUUAAAGGAACCAGUCAUUAACAAUGUUGUUUCUAUCCAAAAGGAGGCGGUUGCUAAUUCCACUGAAUCAGUGGUUACAGGUGGUGAAAUCACGGACCCACAUUUGAAAAGCAAGGAAAAUGGUACCGAAGGAAAAACUCAGCAAUUGGGUAUGGGGACAAAUUCUGCACAUAAUAAUUCUGAUACAAAGAAUGAGAGUUUUGGGAAGAGCUGUGAGCCAGUGGUGGGAGAAAGUAACAAUGGCAAUUUAAACACAAUCGUGGGAGUAAAUGUUGCUGAAGGUGAUGGUGAUCUGAUGGAGACAGAUGAAUGUUGUGAAGAUAACUCCGAAAUUAAGUCAAACAAAGGGAUUAUUGGAACUAUACAUGCAGAGAAAAUAGAUCGUGCUAUUGAAGCAAUUACUGAUGAAAGCAGUGGCCCAGUGAUUGUUGAGGAAAACGGUGUAAAAGAAUUCUCUGCCCACAAGGAAAGUAAUAGUAUUGAAAAUAGUUCUCUUGAAAAAAUGGACACAGACUGCUGUUCAGAAAAUAAGAUCUUUGAAAUGAAAGCUUCGGAGAACAAACUGGAACAUCGGCACCCUGUUGGUCAGAUUAAUGGAAAAGAUGUAGAAUCUGCAGUAAUGAAAAAUUCUGAACUGGUCUCAUCUGAAGCAUCUGAAGUGGAACUUCGGAAGGAAAAGUGCAGUCCCAGAGCGAACUCUGAAAAUGAAAAAAAAUCAUCAAUGAAAGAGUCAGGUGUAAAGCUGGUUAUGAAUGGAGAUAUUACCGUAGAUGAUCUGGAGGAAAAACCUAACAGAAAAGAUAGGAAAAAUUUAACAGCAGCACAUCCUAAAGUUCAUGAUGGUGUUUCAGCAGAUAAAGAAGAGUUUGAUGACGCAGCACCGCAGGUAAAGGCGCCCCGGUUAGAUGAUGCAAUUGUUCAGCUAAAAGCACCUACAUUAGGUGAAGCAGUCCUACAGGGGAAGACAACCAAGUUAGAUGAAACACUUUUACGUGCAAAUGAUCCCAAGUUAGAUGAUAUUUCUGAAAUUCUGAAUUCUGAAAAGUCAGGACUUUUAAAUCUAGCCCCAGAUAAAUUAUCAGAGUCUGAAAAAGAAGUGAAACCUUUAGAACUCGAUGGGCAGCUGUGUGAGAGAGUGUCUUCACCAUCCUUUACUUCUGCAGCUGAUUUAACUUCAAACAAGGACUUCAGUGAGCAAAAUGGGAUUCAGUCUGAAAGCGAAGGAGGUGAUGCCAGUGGAGAACAUAGGAUUAAAACAGUUGUUACAAAAAUGACCACCACAACCACAACCAUAUCCACGGAAUCCAAGACUAUUGUUAGUGUCGCAGAAGCUUCUCCACAGAGCAAUAUUUCAUCGGUGCUCACCUCUGUUAAGAAUUGUGCUGUUUCUUCAACAACCACCACAACAACAACAUUCACAAAAGUGACCUCACCAAGUCUAGAUAGUACAGUAGAUGCCUUGACAGUAACAGAAAAAACUGUUGUUACAACCACAGUAACAGAUUCUGUGGCCACUCUAGAUGGAGUGUCGACAACUACCAUGACUGUAAGUAAAGAGUAUUCCACCAAGGACAAAGUGAAACUCAUGCGGUUUAGUCGGCCAAAAAAGACGAGAUCGGGCACAGCCCUCCCUUCGUACCGUAAAUUUAUCACCAAAAGUAGCAAAAAAAGCAUAUUUGUCUUACCAAAUGAUGACCUGAAGAAACUGGCCAGACGAUCUGGGAUUCGGGAAGUUCCAGGAUUUAACUACAAUGCAAAGCCUGCAUUGGAUAUCUGGCCAUACCCAUCUCCAAGACCAACCUUUGGCAUUGCGUGGAGGUAUCGACUGCAAACUGUGAAAUCCUUAGCAGGUGUCAGUCUUAUGCUGCGGUUAUUGUGGGCAUGCUUACGAUGGGAUGACAUGGCAGUUAAACCACCAGCAGGUGUCAGCACCGCACGCACAGAGACUACAGAAACUGAUAUUACCACUACUGAGAUUAUCAAACGCAGAGAUGUUGGACCAUACGGAAUCCGUUCUGAAUACUGUAUUCGGAAAAUUAUCUGUCCCAUUGGUGUACCUGAAACCCCUAAAGAAACUCCAACACCACAGAGGAAAGGUCUUCGGUCUAGUGCUUUACGACCAAAGAAAUUUGAGGCCCCAAAACAGACUGGUCCAGUUAUAAUUGAGACCUGGGUCCCAGAGGAAGAACUGGAUUUGUGGGAAAUCCGCAGUUUUGCAGAGAGGGUGGAAAAGGAGAAGGCACAGGCUGCUGAACAGCAAGCAAAGGUUAGUGAGCAGAAGAAAUCGGAAGAGUUCAAGGCCCAACUGGAGGCCCAGCUUAAACAGCAGCGCUUGGCUGCUCAGCAGAAACGACUUGAGCAGCAAAAGCUAUCUGCCACACCUAAUUCUGCUGCUCCUGCCUCUACAACCAACAGUACUGCUACCACGAUUGCCACUCCUCAAAAGUUAGUGGUAGGCUCCUUGGCAGGACAGGUCUCCCCAGGAACAAAGGUGGUAUUUACCACUAAAGUGGGUUCACCAACUACUGUAACAUUUCAGCCAAACAAGAAUUUUCAGCAGAGUUUUGCUACCUGGAUCAAGCAAGGCCAGACUGGAUCAGUCACCAGCACAGUUGCCAACACAGGUACAACAAUUGCCACCACAGGUCAGACGUUCCAGAUCACAGGGAGUCCGGUAACCAUGACGGGUAAGGUGAUCACUGCCAAGCUUCCAAUUCCUGCAAACAGCAAAAUCCUCACCGUCAAUGUGCCAACCACUCAAGGAGGAGUAGUUCAGGUGCAGCAGAAAGUUUUGGGAAUCAUUCCAUCGGGCACUACUUCAAGCCAGCAAACCUUUACUUCAUUCCAACCAAGAACAGCCACAGUAACUCUACGACAGAAUGCACCAGGUACAACGACAUCAACUCAGCAGGUACAGGUUCUCACAACAGGAGGAACAACACAGAUACGCCCUGGCGUUACAGUUAUAAGGGCACCUUUUCAGCAGACAGCAGCAAUUGGGAAAACUAUAAUACGAACACCUUUGAUGGUACAACAAGGUAUACUUCCAGCCACUCAAAACCAACAAGUAGUCACCCAGAUUAUUCGUGGACAGGCUGUAACAACAGUACCAAGUACAAGCAAUUUGGUUCAAAGUUCCACCCAGAAGAUGGUUACCGCUCCAAGCACGCCUAUGCAGCCAGUCCAAAGUCGGCCUGCCACACCACAAGGCCAACAGCCAACCCAAAGGCCACAGCAGGGACAGGUCCGGUUAACAAUGGCACAGCUCACUCAGCUCACACAAGGGCAGAGUGGAGGUCAGGGACUGACUGUGGUUAUUCAAGGGCAGGGACAAACAACUGGACAGCUUCAACUUAUCCCACAAGGUGUAUCAGUUAUUCCUGGGCCAGGCCAGCAGUUGAUGCAGGCUGCCAUGCCAAGUGGAACUAUUCAGAGGUUCCUCUUCACACCAUUAACAACAGUGACAGCAUCAGCUGCUGCAACUACAGCGGCCACUACGACAACGAUAGCACCAGCUGCAGUGGAACCAAAACCUGUGCAGACAACUGUACAACAAACACAAUCUCCAGUUCAGUUACCUCCUCAGCCUCCGCCGCCUUCUCCAGUUCAGACGCCAGCUGCCUCCCAACCUCCGUCCUCUGUACAACCUGUCCAAACGCAGCCAGCACAAGGCCAGCCAACUGAAAAGAUCCAAGCUCAGCCACAAACCCAGGUUCCUUCAGUACAGGCUGGAAGUCAGCUAACUGUACAGUCCCCACCUCAGCCCCAGCAGCAGACCCAGCAACCUCAGCUCCAGGUUCAGACAAUGGCUCCUCCUCUUCCGCUUCCACUUCAAACCCAGGUUACGACUCAGGCAGCAGCUGAGACACAGACUCUGCCUCAGGUCUCUCAGGGUGUGGUUCAGCAGCAAGUGAAACUUCAGGUCCCUGUUCAGAUUCAGCAGCCAGGUCUGACCCCAGCCCAGCAAAUCCAAAAUGUCGUCAGCGUGCAAGCAGCCAGCGUUCAGGAACAGCUCCAGCGAAUCCAGCAGAUCCGCGAACAGCAACAGCAAAAGAAACAACUGCAGAUAGAUGCUAAAAGGGAACAUUUGCUGCAGACAACAAAUCAAAAUGAAAUUAUUCAGAAACAGGUGGUAAUGAAACAAAAUGCUGUCAUAGAGCACUUGAAGGCAAAGAGUAGAAUGAUGUCACCUGCAGAGCGGGAAGAAAACCAGAGAAUGAUUGUGUGUAAUCAGGUCAUGAAGUAUAUUCUGGAUAAAAUUGAUAAAGAAGAAAAGCAAGCAGCAAAGAAGAGAAAACGGGAUGAAAAUGUGGAGCAAAAGCGCAGUAAACAGAACGCCACCAAGCUAUCAGCACUGUUGUUCAAACACAAAGAGCAAUUGAAAGCUGAGAUCCUUAAGAAAAGGGCAUUAUUAGACAAAGAACUUCAAAUUGAGGUCCAGGAGGAACUAAGAAAAGAUAGGAAUAAGUUAAGGAAAGAGAAGGAGAAGGCACAGGCAGCUGCUCUGCACACCGCAGCCCUUGCAAAUACAAAUGCAAUACAAACUGUGGUGACGCAGAAACGAAAAAGAGAGGAGGAGAAAGAGCCUGCAAAGGUGAAGAAGAAGAAGAUGAUUUCUACUACCUCAAAAGAAUCCAAGAAGGACACAAAGCUUUACUGUAUCUGCAAGACACCUUAUGACGAAUCAAAGUUCUACAUUGGCUGUGAUCUCUGUACGAAUUGGUAUCACGGAGAAUGUGUUGGUAUCACAGAAAAAGAGGCUAAAAAAAUGGAUGAGUACAUUUGCAAUGAGUGUAAACGAGCACAGGAGGGCAGCAGCGAGGAGCUCUACUGUAUCUGUAGAACACCAUACGACGAAUCACAGUUUUACAUCGGCUGUGACCGUUGCCAGAACUGGUACCAUGGGCGCUGUGUUGGCAUACUUCAGAGUGAGGCCGAUCUCAUAGAUGAGUAUGUCUGUCCACAGUGCCAGUCCACAGAGGAUGCUAUGACUGUGCUCAGCCCUCUUUCAGAAAAAGACUAUGAGGGUCUUAGACGGGUGCUGCGCUCAUUACAGGCUCAUAAGAUGGCUUGGCCCUUCUUGGAACCAGUAGAUCCCAAUGAUGCACCAGAUUAUUAUGGUAUCAUCAAAGAGCCAAUGGACUUGGCCACCAUGGAAGAAAGAGUGCAUCAUCGAUUCUACAAGAAACUGACAGACUUUGUUGGUGACAUGACCAAAAUCUUUGACAACUGUCGUUAUUAUAAUCCAAGUGAUUCACCGUUUUAUCAAUGUGCAGAGGUUCUAGAAUCGUUUUUUGUACAGAAACUGAAGACGUUCAAAGCAAAUAGGUCUCAUUCCUAACAAAUUACACUCUACUGCGUAGACUGCAGCACUCUCUAGACUUCAAACAACAAGGAACAAUAUCGUACAAAGCAUGAAUGACAGGAUCCGUAUCCAGAACGCAGCGAGAAGUUGAUGCCACCAGAGGCAGAUAUACUUAUUCAGGUCUCCCUGACUGACUGACCUUAACCAGCACUGUUGUUCAAGCACCAAUCAGUUACCUGAAUUGGAUGAAGCCCCAUUUUGUUUGUUAGAAGUUCAAAGGGAGAGAUUAAAAGAAGAGGAGAAGGAAGGAAAUUAGAAAUAAGCAAACCACCUUUUACCAGCCCUAUCGACUUUGCAACCUCCUCAUAUGGCAUUAGGUGGGAGGCACGAUGCAUCCUGCCCAUUCUUGUCAUUACAAGGGGCUGGCUUCAGUUUUCCCAGCGAAAUUCAUCACCACAGUUCUUCAGUGAAGAAGCUGGCUGCAAGCUGUCUUUAAUGAAACAAACGUGUUUAAGUUUGACAGCUGUAUUUAUUUAUUACUGAGAAAAGAUGAAGCUUUCUUUUUUAGAAUCUGCUGCCCUUGUUUGUCAACUAAUUAUGUGCUUUUUUUUCCUAUUGAUAUAAAAAGACCUCACUUGCAGAUAAGCUGGUCUUUUUUAUGUAAUUGCUGUAGGUAACGGUGAGUGAUAAACCCUUGUUCCUUUCUUUCAUUGAAAGGAGUCAUUUCACAUACACAUGCACGCACACACACAAUGUACACGCUGACACACGUGAGCACAGUGAAAUGGGAUCCAACCAGAUGUUUCUUUUGCUAACCGAUCUGACCGUGGUGGAGCUCCGUGUGGCUGAGUGGGCAACAGCAUUGACACCUUCCAGAUCGACUGCCCGCGUUGGUGAAGGGAAAGCACCAGAAAACUGUCAAUCACUCUACAGAAAUUUGUUAGACUGAAACAGUGUGUACUGAAGAUAUCUUGUAUGUAAACAUUUUGUCAGAUGCUGAUUUUUUUUGUUUCUUUUUUGUAUUAAGGUUCAGAAAUAUUGAUGUAUAUGAAAACAAUAAAUGGAGGAAACCAUUAUCUCCCACAGAGAAAAUCCACAAGUGUUUCUGUAUGUGCUUAAAAUGACCCAUUUGUGAGACUUCAGGUCUCCCAAGAAUUCUAACUAAAGAAACAAUAUUUGGAAAAGGUGUAAGGACACUUUAAGUUUGAAAUGCUGCAUAUUGUAUGCAUUUGUAUUGAGUUUUAAAAUAAGGGGGAGCUAUGGACUAACUCUCUAGAGUUGUGAAAUACUGCAUAUCUCAUCACCACAUCACAGUAUUUCUGUACUAUUUAUUCAUAUCCACGAACUUAUUCGUUUGAGUAAUGUUGCAAAAAAAAAUCUUUCCUACCUGUAGGCAAUAGAUUGCUAUCUAUGUUUUUAACAGAUUGUGGCGACUAUGAAGAGUAAUUCUUUUGUACUUGAUAGGACAUUUCAUCCUAGACAAUAAAGUAAUGUUUUUGACAUCAACCU